AUGGCGACUCUGUUCUUCAAAAACCUUCCUGUGCACUGCACGCGGGAAGAUGUUGAAGCUUUCCUGCAGCCUUAUCUGCAGAGGUCAAACAUCCACCACUACGACAUCUUCAAAUUACCAGGCAAAGAUUUUGCCAAUGUCACCGUCUUGGAUGCUAAUAAGGCACAGCAGUUCAUCUUGAAGCAUGGGCGAAAUACGAACACUCGAAUGAGCCCAUCCCCAUUACGCUGGGAGGACGGGCGUAUCGUUUCUGUCUCACGAGGAAAUCGCGAGCCUGAGCACCUCAAGCUACGCUCCUUGAAAUAUGAGGAGAACAAAAGGAACGAUGUGCUGCAGAAACUAGCAAAACAACCUGGCAAUGGCCGUCAUCAGCUCCGCCGUCUGUUUCCCUUCCAAUCUUUACAGUGUGGAACAUGGGGUGAUGGAAAUGGAGCCUUACGUGCCACGUUUAUCUCACAGUAUCUCAAUGCACGUCGUGGUAUUCUUAUUUUUGGAAGGUCUACAUUAGCAGUCUUGGUCAAUUGCGAAAGCCCUGGAGACUGGAAGCGUCGCAUGGACUUACCAUACUUGAAUAUCUCAAACGUGGUUGUUGGAACCUGUUCAACGAACUGCGCUUUGACAAUCACCAUCCGGAUGCCACCAAAGAUAUCAAGACCUGAAGUAGAGUCCGUGGAAACGGCCCAAGACCUGCCUUCUGAACUUGUGAAUUUGAUGCAGCAACUGUCUUUCGAUAGACAGAAACCGAAAGACCGCAAGCAACGUAUACGUGUCACAAGCCUAUCACCAGAUCACACGGCGUCAGUUGGUCACUGCUUCGUAUAUCAAUUCAAAUUGGCCAGCGCUGCUGAGAUGAAUUCGAUUUCAACACUACUGAGCCACAACAGAGGAAUGCCUUCAGCAACCCCACUUACGACCUUGUACCGUUAUAGGCCAAAGGAAUCUGCUAUAGGUAUCCGUGCUCUACAGGAUGAACUUGCGAGAGUUGAUAACGACGCGGGAUUUUUACCAUUUCGAAUCAAAUUCCAGACUGAAAUGCUUGCAGUGAAUGGCCACCUACCUCCUCGGACGGUACAACAGAUGUUACCUACAAUCAUAAAAUUGCACGAUACUAUGGGAUUGGACGCUACUACUGAUGCACUACAGCGUCUGGUUCGAAAUCUGCCGGUGAGAAGCCCCUUGGAGGAUUCCGAGCAGUUUAGCUUGCACUCGUUGAACGCAAAUCUCGAACUGAUUGCCAGUAAAUUCCAUCCGGAAGGUACAAUCUACGAUCUGAAGAACCGUCACGAUCAUAUUGCUCUGGUGCACAGAGUAACGAUAACGCCCGCCGGGUACUAUCUGGAAGGACCAUACCCUGAACCCAAGAACAGAGUACUCCGGAAGUAUGACGGCCAAACAGACAUGUUCUUGCGUGUCAUUUUCGCCGACGAUGAUGGCGAACAACUACAUUUCGGUGCCCACGGCUCGCCGCUAGAGAUCUUUAGCGAACGAUUCAAGCCUGCCAUAAAGUCGCCGAUCAAAAUCGGAGGUUUUGGCUUCAAGUUCCUGGGAUUCUCACACUCGUCUCUCAGAAGCCAAACGUGUUGGUUCAUGGCUCCAUUCGUCCACCAUAGCUCUUUGAUCCAUUCUCAAGAAGUUGUGAAGGACCUGGGAGACUUUAGCACGAUAAGGUGUCCUGCCAAAUGUGCUGCCAGAAUCGGGCAAGCAUUCUCGGAUACUACAACUAGUAUCGCAGUCAAAAAGGAGAGCGUGGGCGCACAGCACGACGUUGAACGAAACGGGCGUGUCUUCAGCGAUGGCUGCGGAACAAUCUCCUUGGAACUUCUUCGCCGCGUAUGGAGGGACUCUACAGUCCGCGGGAUGGUCCCGACUUUGUUGCAAAUUCGCUUCGCUGGAGCGAAAGGUAUGCUAUCUCUCGAUACUCGACUGAACGGGGAAAAGCUCAUUCUGCGGCAAUCUAUGGUGAAAUUUGAGGGUACGCCUGCGUUAGACAUUGAGCUGUGCGGUUCUAAUCCUAGACCGUUGCCCUUCUAUCUCAAUCGCCAGUUCAUCAAGAUUCUGGAAGACCUCGGUGUCCCACCAGAAGUCUUCCUGGAGCUUCAGGCUAUCGAACUUGAGCGGCUGAAAUUAAUAACGACAAAACCUAUCAAUGCGGCCAACUAUCUUGACCACAACCGCAUGUGUAACGGUCAGCGACUACCAAGCCUCCUAAAAAUGCUUGAUGAUAUUGGAAUCCUCUUUCAUGCCGAUGACUUCCUGAGAGACACGGUGGAGAUGGUCGCUCUGGUCCAGCUUCGAGAUGUGAAACACCGAGCACGCAUACCGGUUGCACAAGGGGUCACCUUGUACGGCAUCAUGGACGAAACAGGGAUCCUCCGUGAGGGUGAGGUAUAUUGUGUGACCGAAAGUGACGGAGCCCGACGAGUCCUUGCAGGACAGGUUGCGAUAACUAGGGCUCCGGCAAUGCAUCCUGGGGACGUGCAAGUUGUGACGGCAGUAGAUGUCCCUGACGAAUCACCGCUUAGUCAUCUAUACAACUGCGUGGUAUUUAGCCAACAUGGAAGCAGGGAUCUGCCCAGUCAAUUGUCUGGUGGUGAUCUUGACGGCGACUUGUUCAGCAUCGUGUACGAUCGACGACUCCUGCCCAGAAAAACAUACCUACCAGCAGACUACCCGAGAGUGAAAGCCCUAGACAUAGGACGCGAAGUGCAAACAGAAGAUAUGACUGACUUCUUCAUUGACUUCAUGGCCAGCGAUCAGCUUGGCCGCAUCUCGAAUAUGCACGUCCAGCUUGCUGACAGGCACCCCGAGGGAACAGUCAACGCGCAAUGUAUCCAAUUAGCUGAACUCGCCUCGACAGCAGUCGACUUCUCGAAAAGCGGAAUACCUGUCAAUCAAGACAUGUUCCCAAAAUUCGACAACAGAUAUCACCGUCCAGAUUUCAUGGCUCCGGGUCCACGUGUCCAGAUGACGCAAUAUGGACCUAACAUAGAAGAAGAUGACACCUAUGAUCCUGCCGAGAAAGACGCAGUGAAAGAGCUGGAUCCUGCGUUUGGCUACAAGUACUACGAAUCUGAUAAGGUUCUUGGUCGACUCUAUCGGGCCAUCGAUGAAGGCCGGUUCUUUGCGGAAAUGCAGUCCGCAAGCCGCCGGGCGCUGCGUGACCUCUCCUAUUCCGAGACACUUGUUUCGAAAGUCUGGAACUAUGUCAAGCGCGAGGCUGCAGGAUAUAUAUAUGAGCAAUACAUUGAAGAAGCUCAGGACAUUCGCUACGCGUACGACCUCAACAUGGCCGACACCAUGGCCCAGUACACGACGUACCCAUCUCAUCCACUGACCGAGAGAGAGGUCUUCUCUGGUACCAUCAUUGGCAAAUCGACCGGAGGUCAAAGCAAGCAAACCCGCGAACUGGCCACGGCGAUGAAACAACAGUACGAGCGCGAUGUGAAGUAUACGCGAGAGUGGAUCAUGCGCAGCGAGGACAGCGAGGAGGGUGACACAACGGAGGCGCUACCGCGUGCAAUGGCGUGUUUUGAAGUUGGACUGGAGAAGGACCCGGAGUGGCAGACGCACAAGGUCGAGAGCUUCAAGUAUGUUGCCGCCGAGGUGUGCUUGAGUGAGCUAAAGAAAAUGAACGGUGGGAUCUUGAGAAGAGAUGUGAGGCGUAUCCCGACCAGAUAUGCGACCGCGGGUACUCAUCAUCCCGGCUAUCAUGCUUGA